AUGCAAGGUGGCAGCAGCCUUCUCCCCAUUCCUCCGGUUCAGAGCUCCGAUGAGCACUCGAUCUCCAGCAUCUCUACAGCUAAAGGCAGCGGCGAGGCAAGACGCGCUGAGCGAGGGCGAGGCAAGACGUGGCUCCUCGACUCAAAGUACGUGCUGGGGGAGGAGCUCGGGCGUGGUGCGUCGGGCAGGGUGUACCGCGCCCUCAACCAGGGCGGCGGCGGCUCUCACUUCGUCGCCAUCAAGGAGAUCCCACUCGUCGGCAUGUCGGUCGCCGCCGCCCGUGCCGUCGAGUCUGAGGUGGAGCUGCUGCGGAAUCUAUCGCACCCGCAGAUCAUCCGCUUCUACGAGACGAUCCGCACCGAGCACCACCUCUACCUCGUCCUCGAGUACGUCGAGAACGGCUCCCUCGCUCCAAGGGGGGCCGGCUCCCUCGCCUCCAUCCUCAAGACCUUCGGGCGGCUGCCCGAGCACAUGCUCAUCGUCUACAUGCGGCAGGUGCUGGCGGGGCUCGAGUGGCUUCACGCACAGGGCAUCUGCCACCGAGACAUCAAGGGCGCCAACCUCCUGAUCACGCAGGACGGGCAGGUGAAGCUCGCUGACUUUGGGGUCGCCAGCCGCGUCGUCGACGCGGCGGAGCAGGCGGGGGCGAGACGAGGGCAGCACGAGUGGCUCCAGCAGGAGGUACACUACACGAUCGAGGGAUUCACAGCGGGCGCCAGCUUUCCUCCUCUGGAGUCGCAGCGCUCUGUUGAUUAG